AGAAAAUCCAUUGGUAUUUUGUAUCUUGUACAAAAAGGAAGUUAAAAAAAAACUGGCGAUUACAAUUCGUACCAAUUAACAUGCAAAUAAGCAACAAACAAAUUUGUCGCUAAUGAGCAUGAAGCAAUUAAGCAAAUCACGUCCAAACCCCGAAAGAAGUAAAUUCCAAUCGCGAGACAAGCAAUAAAUCACGUGCGCCGUCUUAUCACCCGAAAUUGUCCUUUGCGUAAGUGUUCAGGGCAAAACGGAAAUGAAAUUUAUGUAUCAAACGCGUAGAUUUUGUGUACGUCCCAAAUGCAUGCCAUUAAACUAUUCGUACGGUAUAAAUAGGGUUCCGAAUCGUCUGGGUAAGUAUUCGAAGCGAAGUGCGAACUUGCAAAAGAUGUAUUCGAAAAUCUUAGGAGUCGCUGUUCUUGUGCUCGCAGUUACGGCGAUCCCACUGCCGGACAUCUUGAGCGACGAUGAUGAUAUGGAGAGGACGGAGAUGAACAUCGAAGAAACUGGAAAGUAUUUCGAAGGUGAUAUUAUCUUGCCGAGCGGAAGGAACGGUCUGAUCGACGCGAACACCCAUUGGGACAACGGUAUCGUUCCUUACGAGAUACUAGGUAGCUUCACGACGAAAGAGAUGAACAUGAUCAGCGAUGCCAUGGACGCAUACCAUCAGUACACUUGCAUCAGAUUCGUUCCACAUAUUGCGACGGACGAGAACUACAUCAGCAUCACCAGCGAUAAGACGGGAUGCUGGUCGAGCGUAGGAAAAACCGGUGGACAGCAGAAGGUUAAUUUGGAAACGCCCGGAUGCGUUACGAAGAUCGGAACUGUUAUCCACGAGUUGAUGCACGCAAUCGGAUUCACGCACGAGCAGAACAGAUCGGAUCGCGAUGAACACGUUCAGAUCCGUUUCGAGAACAUUGCAGAUGGUUACAAAUCAAAAUACAAUUACGCAAUUACUUCUAAACUCUUAAACAUAUUAUAG